UUCGCCAGAGUUUAUUGAUAGAAUAACAAAAAUAAAUUUCUGAAUUUGCAUGUAACUAGUUGUAGUAAUAACGUAUUAGUGGCAAAAUAAUUUCUGUAAAAUCUGAGCUUAGAGUGGUAUUAGUUUCAUACUUUCAUUAAUGAUAUGAUACAUUUCAUGUUCUAAGAUUAAAUAGACAGUAUAAUUCAAAUUACAUCUAGUGAUUUUAAUCGAUUUUUCUCGUGAUGUGAUAUUGUCAAUAAUUGUGCAAGAUGAGUCUUUCUAUACGUUUUUCAAGUUUAAUUUUGUACUUAAUAGUGUCAUGUGAUGCCUCAGGAACCGAUAUAGCUCUUGACGCCAAAGCUACAUUGCUACAUAGAAUAGACAGUUUAAAUUUGCUUAUUUAUACAUGUCUUCUGACUUUAACGGUAUUGACUAUUUGGGUUUUUAAACAUCGUCGUGUGAGCUGGCUACAUGAAACUGGAUUAGCUGUGAUAUAUGGGCUCAUUGUCGGUGCAAUAAUUAGAUAUGCAGGCAGCACCAAUGAACUCACAUACAUUGAUGCUCACCCAGAUCCUGGUAGCAAGUACAACUUAUCUGUUCCACCAGAUAUGGUCAGGUUUCAUUUUCCAGAUAAAAUACAAAUAACAGGAGAUACACCAGUCCCUAACAAAACUUAUGCAUAUAGCUUCAGGGGAGAGAUAGUAAAUGUUGAACAAAAUGAAAUCGACUUGAAGGCAACAUUUGAUCCUGAAAUAUUUUUCAACAUAAUAUUACCACCAAUCAUAUUCCAUGCAGGAUAUUGCUUAAAGAGAAAAUAUUUCUUCCGCAACUUGGGUGCAAUCUUGACAUUCGCUAUGGUGGGCACAGCGCUCUCUGCCCUUGUGAUUGGGUCACUGAUGUAUGGCUGUGUACAGUUGAUGCCAGCAUCAUUGGCGUCUAGUUUCACAUUUCUGGACACAUUGUACUUUGGGGCGUUGAUAUCUCCAACAGAUCCCUUGACUGUUCUUGCUAUUUUCUCUCAACUAAAGGUGGAUGUUAAUUUGUAUGCAAUGAUAUUUGGUGAGAGUGUCUUGAAUGAUGCUGUGGCUUUAGUACUUAGCGGAGCAAUACAAAACUAUGAAAAGAGAUAUUCGGUGGACGGUGGAUUUGAAAUAACGGCGUUUCUGGCAGCCAUCGGUGACUUCAUUGGAAUAUUCAGUUUGUCACUUCUUGUUGGUGCUUUCAUCGGUUGCUUGACAGCAUUGAUAUCAAAGUACACACACGUUCGUGAUUGGCCGUUGCUGGAGUCGGCUCUAUUCGUGCUCAUGUCGUACGCUGCUUUUCUGAUCGCCGAAGUUUGUGAACUAACAGGUGUUGUAGCAGUACUGUUCUGCGGUAUUUGCCAAGCACAUUACACGUACAAUAAUCUGUCUGCGGACUCCAGGAACAGAACUAAGCAGCUGUUCGAACUCCUCAAUUUCUUAGCGGAGAACUUCAUCUUCACAUACAUCGGAGUGUCCAUGUUUACGUUUCCGAAACAUCACUUCGACCCCUGGUUCAUUAUUGCUGGAUUCCUAACUUCGAUACUGGGGCGGGCUAUCAAUAUAUACCCACUAUCAUUCCUAUUGAACCUGGGCCGGAAGCCUCCAAUACCAAUGAAUUUCCAACACAUGCUCUUCUUUGCUGGUCUGCGAGGGGCCAUGUCUUUCGCUCUGGCCAUCCGCAACACGGUGUCAGAGGCGCGGCAGGCCAUGUUAACCACCACAUCACUCAUCGUGAUCGCGACCGUCGUGCUGCAAGGGGGCGCGGCCACACACGCGCUCGCAUAUCUGCGGAUACCUACCGGUCAAGGUCAGAGCGAUGAAAGUGACGCACUACCGUACAGAGAUGUCAGGAAUCUGUACCAGGCCACGGAGUUCGGCAGCCCGACUGGCCGCAUGGUAGUUAAGUGGGGCAAAGGAGAAAACGGAGUUAAAAUGCCUUGGCAACUAGAGUUCCCUGAAGACUCGCAACGUGGAAGUGGUGACGCUGGCACAGAAAAGGCACGCCUCGCUAAACUCUGGGGGGCUCUAGACUCGCGCCUUCUGAAACCAUUGCUGACCCAUUCUAGACCACCGCUCACGGAAACUAUGCCGGCUUUCAUGGGACCUCUGGCGCGGCUGUUGACUACCACUAGGCAGUUCAGUGACGGGCACAAUGGUUUGCGCAGAACUGACUCUGAUUCUGACCUGUGCAUCGAUGAGGUGCAGUCAGCUCCGUCAAGUAUUGAUCCUCAGCUUACAUUUAGUGUACGGAACGGAUAUGGCAAUAUAUGAAAUUUUUAGUUAUAGACAUCCCACGGCUGUGAUAUAAGGUCUUAUUUUUUAGGAAACUUUAGAAAAUUAAUACUUUUCUCUAUUAUUGCACGCAGCAAUUUUGGCCAGGACUUGUGGAUACGCGGAUUUCUGUCGACGGAAUAACAGGGAGUAAUAUAUAAAAAAUGCUUUUAAUUUAUACUCUAUGUGCCACGAAUUUUAAAUUCUAAUUUUAAGAUUAUUCACCUGCGGGCCUACCAUGAACUCUUAUUGCGAUUCAAUUGGCAACCUAAAAUGAACUGCUUUGCUAUUUCGUACCACGACGUGAUUAGAGCUAUCUAAUUUAGGUUGACGUCAAAUCAACCGAUUAAAUCGCAAUGAUUAGUGAUUCAGUUUAGGUACCUAAACUGAACUGCAUCGGAAUCGCAUCGCUUAUUAAAAGUUGAUGGUAGGCCCUCUGAUAUUUAUUUAAAUGUUAUUCAAAUUGUAGCUUCAAAAGUAAAAAAUAUAAAAUUUGUAGAUAAUAUUUUAGUACUUAGUUUAUUUGACGUCUAUAUAAAAGACAUUCUAUUAUGUAUGAACAGUUUUCUAUUGCAAAUUUCUUAAAAUAUGUACAUCUUAGGUGUUUUAGUAGCUUUUAAGGUUUUUAGAAAAUGUUUUAACCACGUAACGUGUGGAACCACGGGUGUUAUCGGAGAAGGUAACCGCACCAUAAUGCAGCUAUAACUUAAACUUCUACUUGAUUGUGCAAUAUAUAAUGCAUUUAUGAUAGUAUGUAUUCGGUGCUGAGGCACGGGGCAUUGAAAUGACCUGACCAGAAGUUUUGUUUUUUUUUUCUUUCAUAUUUAUGAAUUGUAUGUAAUAAUGCAGCUAACUACUAUUUAGUAGUUAGCUGCAUUAUUACAAUGACUAUUAGGCUGGGUUGCAACAUACUAGCUUUUACAUUUACCCCCUCAUUCAUAAUAGUCUGCUAACUUAAAGCAUUGCUCAUUCUCACUCUGUCUUCUUCUAUUGACCUAAGUCAGAAUGAGAAAAAACACUCCUUAGCGGCUGUUUAAAGUUACCGGACCAUUAUGAAUAAGGGGGUUAAGGAUUAAGUCAAAUUUAGCUUUAACAGUAACGCUGACUUUUACACAUUUUUACAUCCUUCUCGUAUUCCUUGGCAUAGUUAAAGUUAAAAAGUGAAAUAUCAAGUCAAUAUCCAGGUCGCUAUUUAACAUUAACAAUAGCUUUACGGCCGUUUUGAAUAACGUAUCUCUAGUUACGGAUACAUUGCUGUCACCGUUUAAUGACAAGAUCUUAUCUAUCCAUAGUAAUGUCUAACAUAGUUAUAGUCCAAUGCUUUAUGUCGAUAGGUUAUUGAAAUUUAAGUAAGCGUAAAACGAUAGAUCUCACCUCUAGUAAGUUAAACUAAGGAUAGAUAGGUUAUUGAAAACGGCCGUUAACCGGCGAAGAUUGGACGGUUACGGUUGAAGUUAUAACGUCAUCUGAAAAUUGUCAAAUGGUGCAACCCAUUUUUUGCUUAACCGGUACUUUAACAUGUUUGUUAUUGCUAAAGUUAGUUGGUGCAACCCAGCCUUAGAUAAUUUAUACGUCUAGAUAGAAACUCUUGCUGUUAGGCAACGCAUAACAAAUGGCCAGGCUAUUACUUUAGUGUGCAUGACAGCUCUACAGCUCAGCUGUCAGUCUAUCUAGAGAGUAAAUUAUUUGUGCAAUUACUAUGAUUGUAUGCUAAAUAAAUUAGGCAAAUAUUCUUCUAGCAAUUCGGGAGUGGUCUCCCGAAAUGUAAUGUUCCUAUGAGUCCAAUUAAACGAAAUAUUCUUAUAAAACUGAAGCAGGUACAGUGUAGACUUUAUUUAACGAAAAACUCCUUAAAACGUCCACAUUAUUUCAUUUUGGUUGUUUAAUUGUACAUUCUAUGUAAAGUUAUAUGAAACGAGCGUGUGUUAAUAUUUUGUCGUCUCUUUCUAUGUCUAUGUGUGCGAAGAGAGACAACUAUUUAGUUGCUUUGCCCCUUCUUGAUUUGUGUGUGUAUUUUCUGUGUAUUAUAGGUACAGUAUCUUAACAGAAGAAUAAAAGCAGUAGCUAAAUAAACAAACGGAACAAACUCAAACCGUUGAUAUAUUAUUUUUGGUUCGGACACUCAUAUUGAAAUAUAAUGUUUUGAGUGACAGCCCUAUUGUGAAAUAUGCAACAGCAUUGAACCCCACCCUCCAUUGAAUAGACGUAAUAAAAUAAAUACAAAAACUUUAGAGCUAAGAAUAUUGUUAACUUUUAUGCUCUAAUGCGCGUGAUAAAAGUAAUUUGCGGUUUAGUUUGUCUUAAAUGUAUCCAAUUAUUGAAAUACAUCAGGGUUGAACAAUAUUAAAUUUGUAUCAAUAUAGAAUGCGCAUAAAAUGUUAUUUGUUUUUUGUUUCGUCUCGUGAAAGUAUAUUAUGUUUGUUUUUUAAAAUUGGCGGCCAUUUAGUAGAAAUUUACGGUAUUCACCCUUUGUUACCACCAUUAAGCCUUAUAAUACCUACUUAUUAUAACUUACUAGCCGUCAAUACUGACAUACGGAGCCAACUUAGCUUGGCUUAGCGGCACUAAAUUAAAUGAAGUUAUUCAAAUACUGGGACGUAACAUAGUCUUUAAGGGAUGAGCCCAUGGCGUGGUUCAGUAUGAUGAACAUUUUACUCGAUUUGUUACAUUUUAUGAUUAAAAAAGAGUAUAAAUUAUUGUAAUUUCCAUUCAUUUUGUUGAAUUCAAAAUAACAUCUAUACUGAAGACAGUCGUGUCAGGAGGUACUACCCGUUACAUUAUCUCUGGACCUGACGUCGAUGACGUCACAUUCUUGCUUUGUUACGGUGUGCAAAACAAGCAUCACUAGGAUAUUAUUAUUAAUAAAUAAACGAUUUAUUUUUUCAGUAUUAUAUAUUGAUGUAAAGGUGUUGUGUUGUGAUGCUGAUUAUUAUUAUUGUAAUGAUUAAAAAUCAAAGAAAGAAUCUGGGUUAAAUGGGAAAAAAUAUUUAUUUUUCUGGCAGUACUAGAAAUAGAAUAACAGAAACUACAGAACUAUUAACAAAAAGCGUAACAAUUAAAACUACAAAAAAAAGCAGUAUCACUGCUCUGAAUAUGCUAUGCUGAAACUGCACGAAAAUAUCACCACAUGUAUUAUGUAACUGCAAACCGUACUGACUCAACAGGACAAGCACGAGGAGGUAAAAGCGGAACGGGAGGGGAGGGGGGUUAAUGUUCCAUCGAGGUCCAGAGAUAAUGCGGCCGUGUAGAAACGUUUCUUGCUUUUUUCUCCCCUAAUUACUGUAAUUAGUAGGUAGUCUUUAUGUAGAAGUACAUAAAUAUAUAUGUAGUGAAUUUACUUUUUUUCAAACAGAGUGCAUUAUAACUUGCACCGCAUCUGUAGUAUGUUGCCAUCGGCAGUGUGCUGCAGAAAUGUAAAUAUUUUGUAGAAAAUCUUAAUAAAUCACUCCUAUUAUACAUAACUACAACCUGUUUCUAUCGGUUGUAUAACUAUGAUGGAAUUAUAUUUAUUUAUCUUAUAAUUAUUAUGAGAAUGUUAAAAGCUUUUCGCUUUUGUGUCUUUGUUAUCAUUUAAUAUUCAAAGUGUAUAUAUAUAAAUAUUGCUAAUAUAAAAUUCCUUCUGUGAGUUUAUGUGGGCGAACGCUGAAAAAUAAUUAUAAUUUUUUCACAUUAUUAUCAAUAAAGUAUUUUAAAUUUGUAAUUAAUGAGAAGUGAUAAGAUAGCAAUUGUUUGUUACAGAAACAUAGUUUUAUAUAUAUACAUUUUUAAUAUACUUGAAUACUACUUACCACUGAAUUUUUAUUGAAACAAAUUUGAAAUAUUUAAUAAAUUUUUCUCUGAGAAA